CAAAGAUCUGGCAAGACACAAAAAAAGAGAGGAAAAUGAUAGGGUCUAUAUGUUUCUAGCAGGAAUUAAUAGGGAUCUGGAUGAAGUGAAGGGAAGAAUCCUUGGAAAGAAAUCUCUUCCCUCAAUCAGAGAGGUUUUUCUGAGAUAAGGAUGGAGGACAAUAGGAAGAAGGUUAUGUACAAUACUCCAGUACAUAACAAUGAUGAGCCAGGGGAGUCCUCAGUAAUGAUUGCCAAAGGAAAUGAGAAGAAGAAGCCCUGGUGUGAUCAUUGCAAGAAACUGUGGCACACCAGGGAGACAUGUUGGAAGAUUCAUGGAAAACCACCAGGAGCAGGACAGAAAAAAUUUGACAAAGCCCUACACACUACCAUGCUUGAAACUGGACAGGAACAACCAGACACUUCCAAGCAGCUCUCCUUCACAAGGGAACAGAUAGAGCAACUCCUACAGCUUCUAAAUACCAAAAAGAGCCCUAACCAGGAAAACCCUUCUUGCUCUUUGCCCAAAAUGGUAAAAUAACAUCAUAUUUCUGUUCUAAAAAACCAAAAAAUACCUGGGUCAUUGACUCAGGUGCAACAGACCAUAUGACCUCUAUUUCAAAAUUCUACUCCUCAUAUAACCCUUGUGCAGGGGAUAAAAAAGUUAAAGUUGCAGAUGGCUCUUUUUCAGCCAUUGCAAGGAUGGGAAAUGUCAGGAUUUCCUCAUCUAUUAACCUCUCUAAAGUCCUACAUGUUCCAAACCUUUCUUGUAAUCUUGCCUCUGUUAGCAAAUUAACCAAAGAACUUCAGUGUUGUGUCAAAUUUUAUCCCUCUUAUUGCGUUUUUCAGGAUCUGGCAUCGGGGAAGAUGAUUGGCAGUGCUAGAGAGGAAGAUGGACUUUAUAUCUUUGAUGAAGGAACUAAAUUGAAUAAACAAGGUCAAGAAAAUGCUUGUUUGCAAACUGUUUCUCUUUCUUGUAAUAAUGAAGUGUAUUUAAUGCACUACAGACUAGGUCACCGUAGUUUCUACUAUUUAAAAAAGUUGUUUCCUCAGUUGUUUCAUAAUAAAAACCCUUCAUCAUUUCAUUGUGAUGUGUGUGCACUUGCAAAACAUCAUAAGAGUUCUUAUAUCCCUCAUAGUUACAAGCCUACUAGUCCUUUUACUCUUGUGCAUAGUGAUAUUUGGGGUGCAUCUAGAGUUUCUACCUUGAAAGGACAAAGAUGGUUUAUAACUAUUA